AUGUCAAACACGACAACAGGACGAAUUCCAUUAUGGUUCGUAGGAACAGUAGCUGGACUUGCAGCUCUUGGUCUUUUAGCAAUUUUAUUUUAUGGUUCAUAUACUGGGCUCGGAUCAUCACUUUAA